UGUUGUUGUGCAGAGGGCUGCAGAAGGCAGACAGAAAGAGAGUGAGUGAGAGUGAGAAAGAAGGAGGAGGAAGCGGUAGUAGCAGGCAGACAGUGCGUAUGGUCUGAAGGAGCUCUGCUCUCUGUUACAGGGGUUAAAGGAGGAUGACACUGUCACCAGAAGGAAAGAAAAUGUCCCUUUAAUCCUAAAAAAGUGAAAAUAGAGGCAGAGAAAAGGAAGGAAGCAAAGAAGGAGAAAAGGAGGGAGGGAGAGGGGUGAGGAGGGGCUCCGCUCAGUGUCAGAGUCUGCUCAAACGCAGCAAGAUUUCAUCUCCCCUUCAUUCUGUUAGUCGAGGUCUGUUUCAUCGCUCGCCCUCCAUCCUUUCUUUUUCCACGGUGGAAGAGGGGAGCAGUGAAGGACGAGGCAACCCUCCUCCUUGGAGCAGCACAGAAAGGAGAUGAAAAGAGUGAGGCACUGAGCAAGGAGCGGCAGAUACACAGAGAGUGUUUUAUUCAUUCCUGGUCGCUUCUAUCGUUCCUUUGGGAGCGAACGGCUUGAAGCCUCUGCUCAUGUCCGUCAACUCAGAAAAAUCCUCGUCCCCAGAAAGAAAAACUGGUUUGGUUGUACGAGGGGUGUUCAAGUCAAACCAGGACUUUUGAUUGCGCAGAAUAACAGGACACAGUUAUGCCUGAGACGCAGCAGAAAGCCCCGUCCGCUCCCCCUCCUCCUCCACCUCCUCCACCUCCUCCUCCACCACCACAGCCUGAACCAGAUGCACGCCCAGAGCCAGAGGAAGAGAUUUUGGGCUCUGACGAUGAAGAACAGGAGGACCCGGCAGACUACUGCAAAGGAGGGUACCAUCCGGUGAAGAUAGGUGAUCUGUUCAAUGGGAGGUACCACGUGAUUCGUAAGCUUGGCUGGGGUCACUUCUCUACUGUCUGGCUAUGUUGGGAUAUCCAAGGGAAGCGCUUUGUGGCGAUGAAGGUGGUGAAGAGUGCCCAGCACUACACAGAGACAGCACUAGACGAGAUCAAACUCCUCCGAUGUGUUCGUGAGAGUGACCCGUCUGACCCCAACAAAGACAUGGUGGUUCAGCUCAUCGAUGACUUCAAGAUCUCGGGGAUAAACGGAAUCCAUGUAUGCAUGGUGUUUGAAGUCCUGGGCCACCAUCUACUUAAAUGGAUAAUCAAGUCUAAUUAUCAGGGCCUGCCUUUACCGUGUGUUAAGAGCAUCAUUAGACAGGUCUUGCAGGGUCUGGAUUACCUCCACACUAAGUGCAAGAUCAUUCACACAGACAUCAAGCCAGAGAACAUCCUGAUGUGUGUGGAUGAUGCCUUUGUCAGGCGCAUGGCAGUUGAAGCCACUGAGUGGCAGAAAGCGGGAGCACCUCCUCCAUCUGGAUCUGCAGUGAGCACAGCACCUCAGCUCAAACAAGUAGGGAAGAUCUCCAAGAACAAGAAGAAGAAGCUGAAGAAGAAGCAGAAGCGGCAGGCAGAGCUGCUGGAGAGACGCAUGCUGGAGAUAGAGGCAUUAGAGAGGGAGGCUGAGAGACAGAAAGCCAACGAAGGGCUAAACCCACCACCAGGACCUGCUCUGGCAAUCGGCGAGAGCGAAGAUGAGGACGAUGAAGAGGAGGAGAUUGAGGAAGAGGAGGAAGGAGAGGGAGAGAGGGAGCGGCCUGUUAGACUAACCAACCACACAUGUGCAGCUCCUCCUGAGCCACAACAGCAGGAGGAUGAGGAGGAUUGCGAAGUUCCUCCCAACACAGACGUCCCUGAUGAUGAAAAUGAUGAUGAUGAUGAUGAUGAUGAUGAUCCCACAGCAGUGACAGAGACCAACACCCCAACACAUGAACAGAGCAACAACCCAGCAAAUGAGGAUGGGAAGGAAGAGGAACAAGGAGAAACUAAAGAAGAUGAGGAAGAGCAGAAGACAGCAACAGAGCAGCAGGAAGCUGAAGCAGGUCAAGAAGAUGCAAAAGGAGCAGUUGAGAUUCUUGAAGCUGUAUCUUCCGAUGAGAACCCAGAGCCAAAGACAGAUGAGUGUGUGAAGGAGGAGCAGUCUGAGCUGCUAAAAGAAGAAGAAGAAAAAGAAAGAAGAGAAGGAGAGGGCGAUGAGGAAGAAGAAGAGGACGAAGCUGAUGAUGAAGAUGAUGAAGAGGAUGAUGAUGAGGAUGAGGAUGAUGAUGACGAUGAAGCAGAGGAUGAAGUCCAGGAGCUUAAGAAUUCCCCAGAGCGCCACAAUGACACCUUAAAAACCAAUGGUCAUGCAGUAGUUGACACAAAUCAUCCGUCAGAUGCUGUGCCCGUGGUGCCCUCGUCCUCACCUCUGCUGUGCCCGCUGGUGGAGUCGGAGCUUAGCGCCACAGAUCGGGAUGCCUCUGAUGGUUCUUAUGAGCUGUUCAACGGUGAGACGGGAGCACUCAGUAAUGGUGCUCGACAUAGAGCCACAGCACCACGCUUCCCCGAGCUCCCUCUGGACCCCCAUCCAGACGAAUGUGAGCCUGAGGAAGGAGAGACAAACCCGCGCCCUGAAGCUGAGCGCAGCCGCACUGUAUCAUCCUCCAGCACAGGAGACACUCCUAAAGCUAAAGCAUGUGCAGCCGACCUGCUGGUGAAUCCUCUCGAUCCUCGCAAUGCUGACAUACUCAGAGUGAAAAUAGCAGACCUGGGCAACGCCUGCUGGGUGCACAAGCACUUCACGGAAGACAUUCAGACGCGGCAGUACCGCUCUAUUGAGGUUCUAAUUGGUGCCGGUUACAGCACUCCUGCAGACAUCUGGAGCACUGCCUGUAUGGCAUUUGAGCUGGCGACGGGAGACUAUCUGUUCGAGCCACAUUCAGGAGAAGACUAUUCACGUGAUGAAGACCACAUCGCUCUGAUUAUGGAGCUGCUGGGGCAAGUCCCACGUAAAGUCAUCGCUGCAGGGAAAUUCAGCCGUGAGUUCUUCUCAAAGAAAGGAGAGUUGCGGCACAUCACUAAACUAAAGCCGUGGUCUCUGUUCGACGUCCUGGUGGAGAAGUAUGGCUGGUCAGCCGAGGACGCCAGCCACUUCACAAACUUCUUGUUGCCCAUGCUGGAGAUGGUUCCGGAAAAACGCGCCUCUGCAAGAGACUGCCUCAAUCAUCCGUGGCUAAACUCGUAGCACUUUCCCACCUCUAGCUCUUUCCCCCUAGUGGCAGGCUUUAGGACUGCACCCUGCUCUCUGUCUUGGAGGUGAAACAGGUCAGAGAGAGAGAGAGAGAGAGAGAAUGGGGGAAGUAAGUGGUGUGUGGACUAAUGUAAAACUGGACCAUGUUGGAGUGAGCUACUACAAGUGGAAAGCUUCAUUCACUAUACACUCUGUUGCACCUUCACACUCUUUUACACAUACUGUACACACACACACACACACACGCACACAGUGCUGCUCAUUAACUUGAAUUUUUCACAUGGAUAAACAGAGGGAUGUUUUGUAUCCUGUAAACAUGACAUGAGAAGAAAUAUGCAAUGGAAUAACAAUGGAGUGUUAUUUAGAUUUUAUCAUUAAAGUAAGCAUUAAGAGACAGCGGGUAGCAUUAAGCUAGUAGGUCCCCCGUUCAACCUUGAAUACACACAACUGUGUCUGCAUUGGAUUUGUCCCACAUUCCAGUAGGUGAACUGGCUAUGAUUUAUUGCCUCUAAAUAAACAAGCAUAAACAUGAAACAUAAAUAAAGCCCCUUCUAGACAUGCCCCACCUUCCAUAAACCUGACGGCAAAGUAACAUGUCGGCUUCAUGUCUGAAUGAGCACGCUGGUCAUAUUUCUGUAGAACUUGCGAUGGCAAUCUUACCAGGUCAAACCUAGAGACAUCUGUAGAUUACUUUUAAUAUAGUUGCAUUAAAGUCGCAUUACAAACACAAAAAGGCUACUUUUUAAUCAUCUUGGGCAGGUCUUUAAAACUUUUUUUUUCUUCAAGUUUUAUGGUCAUAACUUGACCAGAGUUUUGUAGAUGGAUGUUUUAUAGAUGGGAUUUUGUCAGUAUGAUCUGGCACCCUUGGAUGCAACCUCAUCCCAGCCAUUAUUCAGAAGCUACGAGCUUGACUGCAAAGAAAAACUGUUUUGUUGUGCACUCGAGCAAAAUCAGACACAAAAAAGACUGAAAAUUAGUCUGACCCUUAUAGAUCAUAGCCACUUCUGGUGAUGUAGAAUCUCAUGAGGAACAGCAAACAUUAAACAUAUUCCUUAAUACAAUCCUGCUGUGGAUUUCCAUGAUGAUUAAGAAUAUAUUAAAUAGCAGAAGUGAAUUAAACUGCGGGGGAAUUCAAGAUAACAACACAUUAAAAUGCAGACAAACUUUUUUAGUUUUGCUUUUCUGAAUUUUUUGUUAAGAUUAAUGUAGGUUUUUUAUACCUUGAAGCGAAAAGCAACAACGUUCACACAUGAACAGGUUUAAUAACACCAGGUUAAAGGAUUGGUCACUCUAUGAAUUUGACCAACCAUCAAACCAAACACCAGCACCUUCCACUCCAGUAAUCCCUGAGCACCAGCUUAGUAUUUACUUGUGUGGAAAUGCACCUAAAGAGCUGCCACAUAAAUGCCAAGGUUUCAAAAACCUUCGCACAAAAACAUUUGCACUUGUUGGAUCUUCAGCUGUGAUUACGACACUCGGCGUUCACCAUGGCAUUGUUUCAACAACCUUAUGCAACUAAUAAUUGAUAACUAAAUAUCAGUUAUUUCCAUACAGUACAUAGAUUUUUGCCCAAGAUUUUCAUUCGCUACACUAUUAUCAAUGCUGAGCCUGGACCUGAGCAACAGAAGCAACCACAGUUGUGCACAAGUGCACACAAAACAGUUUUUCGUUGCAGUCAAGCUCAUAGCUUCUGAAAAAUGGCUGAUUAGGUUGCCAGAUCAUACUGACAAAAUCCCUUAACACUCUCCGUCGUGGUCGUGGGUAACAUUAAGGUAAAAGUGGCGCAUACAGAAUGUCUGAAUGACAUAAAGCCGAUACUUAAACAGAUUUAUGAAGCCAGCAAUGUUGCAUAUUGCAUGUCUGAAAAGGGCUUUUUGUGUGGAAAUGGUUGAAUCCUUUCUGCCUCACACCCAGUGUUCCCAGUAUAGGCUGUGGAUCCACCAUGACCCUAACCAGGAUAAAGUGAUUACUGUAGGUAAAAGAGCAAAUAACUAAAUAAAUAAAGAGCAUUAAAUAAAUUUUAAAAAUAUAACUACAAAUCAGUGUCCUCAAAAGUUUUAAAUACGGCCUCCGAGUUGCGUAGUGGUAAAGUCCUCGCCCUAUCAUCCGGGGAUCGCUGGUUCGAUUCCUGGGUGAUGCUGUAACCUCUCGCAGCCGGAGGUCUAGAGAGAGCUGAUUGGCUGAGCUCUCUCAGAGGGGAGGGAUGAGAGGUACUUGGUGCUCUCACAUUUAUCAUGGCUCUACAGGCCAAUCAGGGGCGUCUGUGAGCUACAAGCAGAAGGAGCGGGUAACACUGUCCUCUGAGUGUGUUAGGCCGACCCAAACGGUGUGUGUUUGAAAAAAUGCAGUCGGCUGGCGUCAGUUGGUUCAGAGGAAACAUGUGAUAGUCUAGAGUGGUAGUAGUGGCCUUAAUGUGGGAGCUCCCAAGUGAUGGGGAGGAAUUGGCCACGACUAAAUUAGGGGGAAAAUCGGGAAAAAAUCCAAAAAAAAGUUCGAAAUAGCUAAAAAAAAAUGGUUAGAAAUAGAGAAAGACACAAAGUUCUUGGACGCCCUUUUAGCUUCCCCCCGAUCCUCCAGUGUUGUAAUUUUAAUUGACUCCAAACUUUAACAAACCUCAAACAUUCUCACUGUGAGCUGGUGAAAUUGAUUAUGGUUUUAUGUUUAAAAAUCAUGACAGUGUGUUUCUAUGUCAGUGUUACUACUGUUAGCUUUUCUGAUGGAAAGUAGCCUUCUGACCUCUAUCUCUCUCUCAGCCUCUGUUCCCCUCUACAAAGACAGAGCCCCAUGAGCCAAGGUUCUGCCACAGAACUGUUUACAGCCCUCCCUCGAACCUACACCCCUACCGCCACCACCCGUCAGAACUGCAUGCCGCUGUUUAGGCCCCUGCAGACCCACCAGAGAGUCCGAAAAAGAGAGGAACACACACACACACACACACUGUUUUAUCUGGAUUAUAAACCAUCUAUGGAAUAGUGUGUGUGAAACAAACAAAAUACGAAGUCUGAUAGACUUCAACAGACUGCUUUCUUUUAUUUCUCUGUGGUAAUUCUCUGAUCUAGCGAAAAACUUGGAGAAGCCGAGGGAGAGAAAAAGAGCGUGCAGUACACUCCUGUUGAGAUUCUUUUGUUUCAUUUGUUUCUUUCAUUCUGCUCUUACAAAAAAAAAAUGGACGAAGCCUCGAUGUCGAGGGUUCUUGUUGGAACCACGUACUGUCAACAUGUACUCUUAAAGCAUUCCACCACUGUUUCUAACACAUGUAUGCUUCCUACCAUUAUAAAACAUUUAAAAAAGUCUUAUUUUUCUCCACAGCUCCAUCAUGUGACCGUAAGGUGACUGACCCAAAUCAGUCCUGUUCUGUCAGAGGUGUUAAAAAAACAAACAAAAACUUAAGACCGAGGUUGCACUUGCGUUGCAUUUGUUCAGGGAUUAUGAUCAGUGUACAGAGCACCACAGGGCGCUCUACAACCCGACAUCUACUUUACUGCGAAACAGAAAUACAGCUAAAGUACAGGAGGAGCCUUGUUGAAUGGAGAUCAGUGCUGGAGUGUGUGUGUCUGGGAAGAUAAAGAGAACACACAGACUCCAGCUCGCUGAGUGCCAACAGCCCUCUUCCACCCUCCAGCUCCAUUUCUCAUCACCUAUUUUCGCAAUAAAAAGUAUAAGUAGAUGGUUAAGUAUUUUUAAAAACAAUAUUUAAAAAAAAAGAAGAAAUUCUGAUGUUGUGACGGUGACCAAAUAUCGUCUUAUUAUUGAGGUGAUUGUGUUUUGUCUGUUUAGAGAUGUUCUAAUUUUUUUGUAAUUAUAAUUGAUUACUAUUAUUGCCAUCAUUAUAUUUUUUCAAAUUGUCAUCUUUCUCCCCCUUCGUUAGAGUGAACAGUGCUGCUCUGUAUGGACUAGUGUGAUGCCGAUCAAAUUUGAUCAAACAUUUUUGCAAUAAUAGUGAUUUUUUGCACCAAAAGCUCCCAAUCCUUGACUUUAGCCAUGCUGACUGUUCUUCCCCAACAUUCACAUCCUGUCUGUUUUUCAUUGACAGAUUUAAUAAAAUUAUAAAUUAAUGGCUCA